AUGGUUGUCGGUGCAUCCGGCCUUCGCAUGCGGGUGAAUCGAGUGGCAAGGCCAUUGAUGAAGAAGAGACAAAAGGACAUGAAGAAGAGCGAGCUUGCAGCCGAUACGGCUGAGAAGUCUUUUGAAGCAGUCAGAAAAGAGCUCAAGUCCAAGAGGAGCACCAUCAAGAAGGCAAGCGUGGACCUUCUCAAAACAGCCAAGGUAAUUUGUGCUGAAGGAAAGAUGGUGGACAAGAUGUCCAGGAAGAUGUGGGAGCUGUUUCAGUCAACCCUGAAGAAGAAGAUCCGGGACGCGCUGUCUUUGAAGAAGGAGAAUGACUACCAGCUACCACUGGGACAAGUGCCCAUUCUGCUCAACAAUGUGGAGCCCGAGUUGCUGGACCAGGUGCGCAAGUCGCUGGGCGAGAUGGUGACCGCACUUUCUUCAUCUACAGACGAUGAUGAUGACGAGGCGGAGCAGAAUGAAGACGAGGAGGAGAAAGAGGGCUGCGCGGAGCCGGCCGUGGACUCGCGCAGGGCCAUUGUAGUUGACGCUGUCGACUACACCAUUGCCCGGCGCGUUGAAUCGUGGAACAGCCGGCGCCAGCCUGGGAAGACCGAGAUUGAACUAUCCCGUCCUCAGCUUGUUCACCUUUGGAAGAAGUCCAACACGCGCGGUGGAGACUUCAAGCAGAAGCGGAUGAAUCAUGUCUCUUCUGCGACUUUGUCCUAUGAACACACCAGCUGCCAACUGACACUGAUGCUGAAUGUCGUUGCCGGGGAAGCCAAUGAUGUGGAUCCUGAGUAUCCGGGCACCUCUGUGGAACGGCUUCGAAACAUUCAGGCAGCGCGUGUGAAAAGCUUGAGCGUGGAAGAUCUCAGCAAAGAUUGGGAAGAGGUGAGGCGGACAAUCCUUUGGGCUGGAGGUUUGAAGGACUUGCCACACAGCCAACCUGGACAGGGAUACACUGGACACUCCUUCAAUGAUGACAACCAUUGUGAUUUGACGCCCAUGCUGGGGGAUGUCGCCCACAACCUCCACGGCGGGGAGAUCCGCGGAAUUGCGAUGGGAAAUCGAUUAGGUCCGGGUAUUGAGAUUGCUAGCUUGCCAGAGUUAGGGCCCGGAGGUUCUUGGAGCACCUGCACGAAUGGCUGCCACCUGGAUCCACCUCAGGACGUGGCUCACGUGCAAUUUAGGUCGCGCAUUGCCUUCAAAUUGGUUUGGGCACCACCGGACUUCAACAGCUUUGUCCUGGUGGAUGAUGGUGGUGAACUCUUGAACCAAGGGCGUCCCAAAGGCGACUUGCCAGACCUGCGUAUGCGCCGUGGCAACUAUGCGCUGGUGAAGGGCAGCAAGUGCCCCUAUCUGACAAUUUGA